CCUCUAGUUUCCCAAAAUAGUAAUUUAUAAUAGUCAGAAGAUUUUGAAGUAGAUCUAGCUAAAGGGAGAUAAAGAGUACAAUACCGGCAUCUUAAAAGUCGCUUCCGGGUAAACAGUGAACUCUCAGAAAAUUUCAUUUUCAAUGAAAGAACGAUUACUGAACAAGAAACGGUUUGUAAAUUUAUUUUCUUCUCAAGAUCAAAAGUACACAUGGCAUGCCCUUCCAACCUGACAGGAGUAGUGUAUGAUGAGAAGCUUUCUUCUCACUUCAAUGCAUGGAACAAAGAUUUUACUGAAACACCUCAUCGUGUCAUCCAAAGUAUUAAAAGAUGCAGAGAAUUGAAGCUGCUAGAAAGAUGCAAACGUAUUCCAAUCAGGGAAGCAAACGAGUCCGAGAUUCUCACAUGCCACUCAAGGAAACAUUUAGAAAUUUUAAAAAGUACAGAAACUAUGAAAAGAGAUGAGCUAAUGGCAAUUUCACAAAAAUAUGACUUCAUUUAUUUUCAUGAGAAGUCCUUUGAAAAUGCUACACUAAGUUUAGGAGGAGUUGUGGACCUUGUGGACAACAUUGUGUCUGGGAAACUAAAAAAUGGAAUGGCAAUAAUUCGUCCCCCUGGUCACCAUGCAAUGUUUGAAGAGUUCUGUGGCUACUGUUAUUUCAGCAAUGUUGCUAUUGCGGCACAGUUAAUGCUUGACAAGUACAAUUUAAAAAGAAUUUUGAUCCUUGAUUGGGAUGUUCAUCAUGGCCAAGGUAGCCAGUUCAAGUUUUAUAAUGAUCCAAGGGUAUUAUUUGCAUCAAUACAUCGCUAUGAGCAUGGAUCAGAAUGGCCACACCUGCGUGAAUCUGAUUAUGAUUUCAUUGGGGAGGGUCCUGGUAAAGGAUACACAAUAAAUGUACCAUUGAAUGAGCUGGGACUUGGAAACAGUGAAUACUUAAGUAUUUUUUUCAACCUUCUCCUGCCAGUCUUUUAUGAGUUUGACCCCGAGCUUGUGCUUGUGUCUGCUGGAUAUGACUGUGCCAUAGGCUGCCCAGAGGGAGAGAUGACAGUAACACCUGCAUGUUUUGCUCACUUUGUGAAUCUGCUGAAACCACUUGCUUCAGGAAAGCUAGCACUUGUUCUUGAGGGAGGCUAUAAUCUCAAAUCAUUGUCAGAGUCUGUAGCUAUGAGUCUGAGGUCUCUACUUGGUGACCCAAACUCCUUAAUACCUCCAAUCACAGCCCCUAAACACAGUGUUGUUGAAUCUGUGCUGAAUUGCAUCAAAGUUCUCCAUCCUUACUGGCAGUCUUUAUGCUAUCAAGAUCUAGUGAGCCCACUAGACAUCCCAGCAGAUAAAUAUCCUUUUAAAAGGGUGUUGCAUUUACCCCCUGUAAAAGAUGUGCAAUUUUACACAACAGAAACUCGACCAGAAAUGUUUCCAUUGAUCCAAGAAUGUGCUGAUGAUUUGACUGUGAAACAGGUUGAGGAGAUCAACAAAAAAAUUGAUGAGAUCAUCAAGAAGACCUCACUUUAUGUUGCAGAAAAGUGCUUGAGUGUUGUGGCAGAUAAGUCCAACAUGGGUGUAUACAGCAUCUGUCAAACACAUUUAGGGGCUCAGUUCCUAUCACUCAAGGAUAAACUGUGUGAUUCACCCACCUCUCCAGAAUGCAUCAAAGCUUCAUUAGAGUCUGUACUUAAUGGCCAGACCCAGUGCAGUUUGGUAGUUAUCAGUCAGAGCAGCUUACAGUUAAAUGGGCUUGAGAAUAAAGCAACCCCUAAUGAUUUGGAUAAUGUUACAAUAGCUGCAGAACACAUUACCAACAACUACAGCAGUAAAAAGCUACUAGUGAUUGAAUUUGGAGCUUCUUCUGAUCAUAGGCCAACAUUCUUAAGUCGAAAUUCUAACAUCCUACUGCUAUCAGUUAAUUGGUUUGGUAAAAGACAUUGCUGUGGAGCUCCUGAUGUUGAUAUGGAGGACAUCAGUUCAGAGUCCCAUAACAUCAACAUCACUUUCAAUCAACCCUUCUCAGAUGUUGACUUGGUAGCUGCUUUAAUGCACAUUAUCUUGCCACUUUCCUAUGAGUUUUGUCCAGAUUUAACUCUGUUGAAUUUGAGCAACACCCAGAAUUCUGAGAACAAUUCCUCUCCGUUAUCCAAAGCUGUUGUGGGCCAUCUAAUCCAUUUAUUGCGUGGCUUAUCCCAAGGGAAACUUGUUGUGCUACUGGAAAAUGAGACCAACUAUUCUUUUUCAUGUGUUGCCAGAACAAAAAAUGGCAAUAAAGUUAACAUUGAAUCACCCCAAUUUGCUGAUUUGAUAGAUGAGUGCAUGAGGAUUAUGUUGGGAGGAUCAUGUAGACCCCUGGCUAAAGGCAUCAUGUCAAAGAGGAAUGUUUUACUAAUCAAAGAAACUCAAGACAAACUCAAAGGACAUUGGAAAACAUUGCAGUUUCGUUGUAAGAUUCCUAGUUUGAUGUAAUUUGAUUGGCUGUACGACAGGUCAGUGAUUUUAAAUGCAGGUCAGAAAAUAGAGCUAACACAAUCCACUUGCCAGACUUUUUACCUACUUCUUUGUGUAGUAAUGUUAAACUCGAAAAGCCACAUUUUUAUGUCAAUAUUGUGUAUUUUCUAAGUCAGUUUUAUAUUUAUUAAAAAUAUUUUUUGUAAAAGCUCUAUUAAAAGCUUUAUUUUUACUGUAUGAUACUACAGUCAAUAAAUAUUGUAAAAUAGGAUUUUCUUUUCUCAUAGAACUGCAAUGGAGUUGAAGCUUGUAAAAAUGUAUUUACACUUCAAACUUAAAAUAACUUGUGUCACAAGAUUAAGUAUAUUUUAAACACAAGUCAGUAAUUGCUGGAUGUGUCAUGAUUAUUUUUUUCAUGUUUAUAUAUAAACCACUAAACGCACUCUCAAUGCAAGUAAAAUAUUUUUUAAAGUUCACCUGUUUGUGAACUAUGACCAACAUUUAUUGUAAAAAUGAAAUUUUUUUAUCGUAGAAUAGUUUUGUGAAAAAAUAUGUACAAUUUACUCCACUAAAUUCUAUUUGCUUUUUUUUUGGGGCUGUUGCAAUAUGGGUUUUACACAAAACAUUUAAUGUUUUAAACUGUUGCAUCAAGCAACAAAAUCAUUUUCUUGUAAAAAUGCACUGUAGUUAAAAAACUAUACCCGUGACUUUAUUAUGUGAAUACUUUACCAGCUUUAAGGUACAAUUUAAUUAAACCAGUUUACAUUGUAUUAAUAGUUGUUUUUAAGAGUAUAUUUUGUUUAUUUAAACUGUACUGUCCCUGUGCAUAUUAUGUGUGUUAAAUAUUUUAUUACAUUAUUUCUAUUUUAUUCUCAUUCCCUUUACAAUGACAUCUUAAAAGCUUAUACUUAAGUAUUGGAUGUCAAUCAGCCACAUUGGUUGAGACAUCUGGUUAUUCUCCCAUCCCACACAGAUUUUAAUUUUUAUCUACUUUUUUGAAUGAAAAUAAUUUAUUCAAUAGUUUUAUAUAAUUAUAAAUGUUUGCUAAAUACAAAAUUUGCUUAAAUAUUUUAAGCAUUGGUUUAAAACUACUGGUACUUAUUUGUGUUUUUUUAUAUAUUUUUUUCCAAGUAAUAAAUACAUUUAAAGAAACUAUGAUGGAAACCAAAAGAUAAGAGUAGAAUUGGAUAAUAUGGAUACUAUGCAACUUGUUUAAUUCAAUGUAAAUUGUCAUUUUAAUAUUGCAGUUGUAGAGUUUUUCACAGUUGUUACAUUGCUGAUUGGUUCACCUAUCCAAGUGCUUUCACAAAUAGUAUUUAACAGCUUUACAAGUUCAUUUUAUUUCAGAGACUUUAAAUGAAAAAUUUAAUUUGUUGUUCUUUUGUCUAAUAUAACACAUUUUACAAAUUUUUAAAAAUGUAUUCUUGAAUUGAAAAUUGUGGUAAACUGUUAACAGUUUUACCAUUUUAGAAUUGUGAAGAUAAUAAGUUUGAAGAUACUGCAUAUUUAAAAAAUUGUUUGGGUU